AUUUAGUGUUUGUGACCUGUGAUCUGUGAUAAUGGUUUGUAAAAACCACAGAUUUAGUAGAGGUAUAUAAAAAUCGGAAAGGGAAUCAUAUUGCUUAGAAUUUGUCUUGUAAAUAAACAUUAUCCCCUAAGAGUUUAAAAUCUUAACUCACUAUGGAUAACAUCAUCAACGAUAUAAUAAUGGGAAAAGCGAGAACGGCAGGCGAUGGUAUGGAGUCUGAAGAAAAUGCAAUAGAGACAAAAGUUGUAAACAAACCUAUUUCCAAUGUGUCUCACAAGAAAAAGGACUCUGUAUGCAAAGGUCGACUAAUUCAAGUCUAUGCUACCAAAACUUUUGUUGCUGAAAAGAAAAGUCCACACAUUUAUUCUAAAACACCCAAAUUUGUGCCUUAUGAACCAUAUCCAGCUGCAGUGAAGCCAAUAAAUCCAAAAUCUGUUUUGAAAACAACUAAAAAGUCUAGAAAUCAUAUGGAUUUAAAUACACUUGUGAACCAAAUGUCACAAAUGAAUACUAACCUUAAUGAAUUUAGACCUAGACUAAAACAUGCAAAUUCAAGUAAUGAUAAAGUUGAGGAGAAGCCAGCUUAUACUAAUGAAAUGCAAAAAAAGGUUGAGGACUUAAUGAGAGAGAAGGAAAGUUUAAGUGAACAGCUAAAACAACAAGUACAAGUAAACAAAGAAUUGAAAACUAUGCUUGUAGCAUCUAUGGGUGAAGAUCUUGAGACUCAAGUCCAGUCAUUAACAGAAGAUAAGAAACAUUUGGCUGAUGCAUUACUUAAUUCGGCCCAACAUCUGUCUACUCACCAAGAACAAACGGAAUGGCUUGCAGGUCAAUGUGAAGUAUGGAGAAGCAAAUUUUUAGCAAGCAGUUUGCUAAUUGAAGAAUUGGCCGCAUGCAAAAAGAUACUAAAUGAGAAAACUGUAAAUUUACAACAAGGAAUCAAACAAUUAUUGGAUGAAAGGUGCAGAAUUAGAGACAUGAUGCUCUGUACAUACAAAAAUCUAUACAGUUUACAUGAACAAUGGUUGGAAAAUAUUACUGUCUCUGAAUAUAUGGGAAGCAGUAAACUUUGUAAUCGGCCCAUUGGCAAUCUCAACUUCAAUGCUACAAUGCCACACUCAACUAAUGUCAUUGACAUGGCAUCAGUAAAUAUGAAGUUAUCGGAAAAUAUAAGCAGUGAUGUGUGCAAACAAGAUAUUGCUCAUUUGGAUAAUUUGCUAUCUAUCACUGAUGGUGAAAAAUUUGCUGAACAGGUAAUGGCAAUGCCAGUGGAUAUAAAACAAUUGAGUGAAGAGCCAGUGAAUGCAUUAGUACAGCAUGCAUAUACAAGCAGUGGUAACAUCGCGCCACCCGUCGCAUCUUGCGUUCAUUGCAAUGGAAAAGUGCAAUUAUUAUAAUUAGUUAAAUUAAACGCACGCUCCAUUCAGUAUGGUGUCUUCUACAGUAGUCAGUUUUGUGAAUUCGUCGAUUUUCCCUAUAUAUAUAGUUUUGAAGGAAGUUGAAAACGGAUUUAAGAACUGCUUUAGUUGUUUAUACCAAACCCAUACUUACAUAUUAUGUAUUGUGCUACCUUGAAGCCACCAUAAUACUAUAUUCCAUUUUUUAUACGCUCUUAUUGUUUUAUAGAAUAAAGCGUAAGGCGUUAAGGGAGAUAAUUAUAAUUGCCUGUAAAAAGACUGUAUAGAUGUUUUACUCUAGAGAAUAUACUUUACCUUACAA